AUGAAGGUUCUGGAGGUUAUAGUAGUGCUGAUAGCCCUGGUACAAGUUUCUCAGAGUUUCCCCACAUUGUACUACAGGAGCUGGAUGAGAUUGUUAAGGGAAGGAGAUAGCUGUGGAAAAUGCAAUUUGGAACUUUGCUCCAAGCCUACACACUGUCCAGCCGGGACUGUAUUAGAUCACUGUGGCUGCUGUUCUGAAUGUGGGAAUGUGGAAGGGCAGAUCUGUGACUUGGACAAGGUCAAUCAUUUCUACGGGCAGUGUGGGGAGAACUUGGAGUGCAGGCUGGAUGCCGACGAACCCAAGUUUGGGGAAAUCCCUGAACCACAAUGUGUCUGCAAAUCCCAGGAAAGUGUCUGUGGACCUGAAGGCAAGACCUAUGCGAACAUCUGCCAAUUCAGUGAGGCUUAUUCUGAGAAGAGAAGAAAUAUCAACAUGAAGCACAAAGGACCAUGUGAAUCAGCUCCUGUUAUUUCUUUGCCACCUCAGGAUGCUCAGAAUUUCACAGGUAAUGACGUCAUCUUUGGCUGUGAAGUGUCUGCCUAUCCUAUGCCACACCUUGAGUGGAAGAAAAAAGGGAAUAAAAUGUUUCUGCCAGGAGAUGAUGCCCACAUCUCAAUCCAGGCAAGAGGUGGGCCUCAGAAGUAUGGUGUGACAGGGUGGCUGCAAAUUCAAGGCAUCAAGAAAUCAGACGAAGGCAUCUACAUCUGCCAAACAAAAAACAAGUAUGGCACUGCGUAUGCAUCUGCAAGACUGAAAGUCAUUGAUGGUUCAUCCUCUACAUUUCAGAUUUCUGCUGGCAGCAGAACCACAAGCUACGCUACAGAUUAUGGAGACUAUUAUGACCAUACUGAAGAGGAGGAAGAAGAUGAAUCUGGGGACUAUGAAAAUUGAAAUAAGUUCCUGUGUUAGUCUAGACUUAUUAAGGGUCCAAUAUCCUUCCCUUUCAGCUGUAUUUACUAGUGUGAUCUGUUCUGUAAAGAGUCGUUUCCUUCCCACAGUUUGUAUAUCAUUCUUCUGGAAUUUGCAAGUUGUGCUCAGUCAUUUGGCCAAAGAGUACUGUACUACAUAUCAGUAAUAAUAAUAAUCAGAUAGACCAGGGGCUCUCAAACUGGGAAUCAUGACCUCUCGGGGGUUGCGAGGUUAUUACGGGGGGGGGGGGGCACGAGCUGUCAGCCUCCACCCCAAACUCCGCUUUGCCUCCAGCAUUUAUAAUGGUCUUAAAUAUAUAAAAAAGUGGUUUUUAAUUUAUAAGGGGGUCACGCUCAGAGGCUUGCUAUGUGAAAGGGGUCAACAGUACAAAAGUUUGAGAAUCACUAAGAUAGACCAUAGGCUGGUAUUGUCAGACUAUUGAACACAACUGUUAAACAUGGACGUGCCUAUUAAGUAUUCUGAAAAAGAUAAUCUUCUCCAUUUUAAUUUUUUUAAAUGGUGAAGAUUGGAUUAACAAAAUCAGUUCCGAAAUUAACGGAAUUCUUUACCUGACAUCCAUUAUUUUCUUUCUGCAUUGCCCAUGUAGAUAUCAAGAGAGCAUUCACAAACACAAGUAGUUACGAUUGCAAAAUAGCUUCAAAUCUAACUCCUUUCAUACUUUCAGGAAGAUUUUCCUUUUCUGGUUUGAUAGCUUCUAGGGUUAGUCUCAGCCCAAAGUGAAUUGUCUUUUUUUUUUUUUUUUGAGCUGAGUGCAUGAAACAAUUACACCUUUCCCACUGUAUAAAUACAGCAGGUCUCCUAAGUCAUCAUCCUCGUCAGGGGCAGAAAUUUACUAUCUGACAGAAGGGAUCUGGGACCCAAGGAGCAGUGAGGAAAAUCCAGGGCUGCCUGUGCAACCAAACCGACAGACAUACUGUAUGGCUCCACCCAGAAUUAUUUAUUUACCUCCUAUUCUUUCCCUCCAUCUUAGAGACCAAUGUCCAAGGCAUGGAUCUUCACUUAUGCUUUAAGCAGCAUUGUGUAAGCUGGGGCUUUCUACAAAUUAAUGUGGAGUUAGCAGGAGUGGCUACUCCUGGUCUCUGUCCAUACCCUUCAGACACAUGGAACUCCAACUGCACAACGGUCACAUAGACAAAAUUUUGUGGGCUCCAACGCUCACUUUUUUUGUGAUGCUUCCAACUAACAGUGCAUUUUAGCUGCACAUGCUUCUGAUCCCUUGAGAUAUUGCAUUCAUGGAAAUGCCAAAGCCAUUUUUUAAAAGCAGAAAAUUAUUUCUUUUUUAAAACAUUCUGGGAAAAUUCACAUACAUUUUUCAAGCAAUCUCAAUGAUUGACCAAAUGGAACACAGCCAAUCUAAUGUACUCUAACGGCCUUCAGUCUUGUUUCUCCACACAUUUAAAACUUUAACAUUUGGAAUAUAAAAUGAUAGCCCUUAAAAAUUUGCCUAGAUUUAGAUAACUAAAGAAUUACCUGAGGCCAAGAUAUUCAAUAAUGGGUACCUGUAGUUCAACUCUUAAAGCCAAAUUUUGGGCCCUAAAUAAGUGUCCUGGUUUUCAGACAUGCUGAGCACACAUUACAUCCCAUUGCACCCAGUGUUUAAAGUCUUGGCUUCAGUAUUUUCAAUCUUCCCUCCAUAUUUCCUAUACUAAAUACAGUGAUGUAUAAGAAAUGCAGGAAAUAGUGUGGUAAUAUUCUCUAUUUAUCCAACUUAAAGUUAGGAAAGUUUUAAGUGAAUCCACUGAAAAUGGUGCAUUGACUUUACAUUAAUUUAGUUUUUUGCAUUUAGCAUAUAUAUAUAUAAUGUGGGUGUUCUAAAUGUAUGUAUUGUGAAAUUUGAACAUCUCCUUUAUUCUUAGGAUGUUGCUUUUUCUGCCAUAUGACACUGGAAAUUUAAAUUUUCUUUAGAUUUGCAAUAAAGUUGUAAGCUGGAUAUGAACCCUGUUUAUAGGUGCUGAAACUAGCGGUGCAGGGGUGCUGCAACACCCCCUGACUUGAAGUGGUUUCCAUUCCAUACCGGGUUUACAGUUUGGUUAAAUGGCUCUCAACACCUCCACUAUAAAAAUUGUUCCAGCACCCCUGACUCUGUUUGCCAUGAGGUAUUAAUGAACUUCAUGGAGAUAGCAAAGACAUAUUUGGAGGAAUUGUUUUUUGUUGUUGUUUUUGUAGAUUUCCUAGCAUGAUGUUAAUUUAGGAAUGAAGUUCAUGCCAUAAGGUCAUUGACAAGAUCAUUUGACUUAGGUUUAAAAGAUGGCUUUGGAUUUAACCAGUCGCCUUAUUGUUAUAAGCUAUUACCAAUAUCUCUUACAUUUUUGUAUAUUAGCUAAAUGUUUAUUAAUUUAAAAAGAAACUUGAUCAGUAGAUUUUAUUAAUUUCUAAAAUGUAAUCUAUUUCUAUUGAAAAUACCCAAUCCACAGAUAUGGAGUUCCAGGGGAUUUGUUUGUUUGUUUAUUUGUUCAUUACUACAAACAAGAGAUUACCAAAGAAAAUAAUUUCAUUGUGGUAAAGUACAUAUCAACACAGGGGACCAAAAGAUAUUAUCUUCAAAACAUUAUGUGUGGAGACAAACUAGAAUUCUUUAUGGUCUCCUGCUGCUAAUGCAAAAUGAAAAACAAAGAGAAUGACAGCUGGAGGAGAAAAACAUAUAUCGUACUAGAGCUGUGUCAAAAACUAUACAGUUGUAUGCAAACUAGAUAAUUUGGCUGGAUUCUUUGUGACCACCCUCAGAAAGCAAACAUUUCCAAAGCAUAGUUUUCACAAUUAAAUGUAUUUUGUUUGUGGAUGUGUGUAUUUGGGGUAGUUUAACCACUUCAUUGCUGUGUUAUUUAUUGCCAUGAAAUUCUUAUUCCUUUCAGUGGAAAUACUGUGCAACAAAAAAUGUGAAGUCAUUCAAGAAAGAGGGCAUGCACCAAGCUGAUCUUUUCUUGGCUGCUUUCUCUCUCUCUCUCUCUCUUUUUAAAUCAGACCUUUCGAAAUUAAAUAAAAAGGAUACAACAGAUUCAGCCUUUUUCAGGUGGGAUAACAAUAUGCAUAAACACAAACAAAUAGAUCCAGUUUAGGGUUUCUCUGUAGCAAGAGAAAUUGUUCUUUUUUAAGAAACCGAAAAAGGGUUUUAUUCUUUAUAUUCAAAAUUUUUGGUGGCAGAACCUCCACACACACACACACACACACAAAAGAACCUGAGUCUUGGUUUACAUUUGCCCUGCUACGCUCUAUCUGGGUCUCUAAUGGGGUUAGGAGGCAGUUUCACUGAGAGUUUAGAAACAUGCACACACUUUCCCUCUGACUAUGUUUGAUUUUAAAUCCCUGGAGUUUCCCACUUUUUCUGCCCAUAAAAAUGAUUGUUCUUGCUCCCUAUGAAGACUGGAUCCUCAAUGCAACUAAGACAAGCACAGGGAGGGAUAGCUCAGUGGUUUGAGCAUUGGCCUGCUAAACCCAAGGUUGUGAGUUCAACCCCUGAGGGGGGCCACUUAGGGAUUGGGGCAAAAAUUGGGGCUUGGUCCUGCUUUGAGCAGGGGGUUGGACUAGAUGACCUCCUGAGGUCUCUUCCAACCCUGAUAUUCUAUGAUUUUAGCUCAUAUAGCCACACACUAGACAAGAGUGCACAAAAUUGGCAUGAGCUCCACAUUCCCACAGGUGAACAAUGGUGUCACUCUCUAAUACUCUCAAUUCUGCCCAGCCCAAGAAACAAGAGCUUUAAGUUUGCUCCAGCAUUGCAUAUUGACUGUCUUUUGAGCAAAACAUUCACCCAGCAAAAGGUUGCUGUUGCUUAUCUUAACACUAUGCCUAUGAAUCUCAGUGCAUUUGUAGUUAUUUUUUAAUCAGUUCCAUUAUCACAGUAUUGCUGCCUCACUGUAUGUAAAUAUCCUGACCUGCUAAUAUGAAUGACGCAGUAUUGUAAUAUACAAACAAUUGUGUAUAACACAAAGCUGAAUAAAACCAAAGGCUUAAUAAUUUACUGUGAAAGAUAUAAUACAUUUAAAUAAUCCAACAGUAACACAUUUGAUUAGGAGGGACCCUUAAUAUUACAAAUCUUAAAAUGGUACAAGUAUUUAUAAGUUUUUGUGCAGUUAAAUGUUACCUAGCCACUAUAGUCCAGUGGAUCGAGCUCAGAGUUGAAAUACAGACACUUCUGAGCUCUAAUCCUCUCUCGCUGUGUAGCCUUUUGGCAAUUCACUUCAUUUCUGUCUUAUCUUCAAAAUGGGAUGUUGUGAGGUUUAAUUUGUUGCUAUCUAUACAGUGUAUGUAUACAGCACUGGACAGCAGCUAGUUCUGCUGGUUUCUGAGGUGACUUCCACAUGGAUUACCACAUCAUACAAGAUCCCAGGAAGAGAUGACACAACCUUUGGCCAACUCACAGCUUGAUCAAAAUGUUUUGCCACUACAGGUGUUACUACAUGUAGGUGGUGGCAGGGAGCUAGAGUAUUGUUCAGUUCUCAGAGGAGUGGAUGCUGACAAUGAGGUGUGUGUUCUAGUUACUUGCAGAAAAUGCAAGGCAUUAUCCAUUAGUACAAUGGCCUCCUGCAAUGUCUGGGGCAAGCGGUGGAGAGUGUCAAGAGACACUUGCCCAGAAAGCUUGCUGAAAGGUGAGGCACUGUAUCAUGGGAUAGAGCUGGGACACCCCUCUGAACGGAUGCAGUUACAACAUGUGACCUCCUAUCCACAGUGAGGAAAAAGCAUCAUACUCAGCAUUUGUCCACCCAGACUGGAGCUAAAGACUUGCCCCUGAGUAGUGCAAUCAUCAAUCAAUGGGACCAAUUCCUGUAAAGAUCCUGGAGCUGCAUUUGUAUGUGGAUGCAGGACAUUUUACUGGUGUUGCAAGUUCUGAGUAUUACACUUUGUUGUUUGCAAUGCUAUUCUGCCUAGGGUAAAUAGGGUUUAAGAAACUGUAUUUGGAACCCUGCAUUGGCUCCUCAUUCAGCUUCUUAAGUAAAAUUCAAAUAGAAAGGAGCUCAUCCAUCUCUCAGCUGCUACGAAGCAUUGAUGGACCAGAAGCUUCCUUUGGGAGGAAGGGGAGGACAGACAGAAGAAAGAGGAAAAGGAGAGGGUGUGACCAUUGUUAUUACAGUUACCCCAUUAACAUUUCCCCACUGGGCAAAGGGAUAUUUAAUGAUAUUUUGGUGAUAAGGUCCCAGCCAUGAACCAUUGGGCAUUUGUACAUGGCUGUGAAAACAUCAGGAAGACCCAGCUAUGAGCUGUAUGGAAUAUGUGGAACAUUUGGUGAUAUUAUUGAUACCAAUAGUAUAAAAUUGCAAAUAAUCUGACCAGAUAUGCCCUGUAAGGUACCUUCAAAAAUGUUAUUUGCCAAGUAUGAUAAUCUUGUUUAUAGAAAAGGAGUACUUGUGGCACCUUAGAGACUAACAAAUUUAUUUGAGCAUAAGCUUUUCUUUUUGCGAAUACAGACUAACACGGCUGCUACUCUGAAUCUUGUUUAUAUGUUUAUCACCUUUGUAUUGUGAGUUAUAGAUAUGUAUGGUAUAUCUGUAUUUCCAAAUUUGUGCUGUGUUUCUGUGACACACCCCCAGACAGGUUGGCAUCAGUUGCUCUGCAUCCUAUGCCAGCUCCUCUCUGCCCUUGACCUAGCCUAUUUGAUGGCGCAUCAAGGGUCAUGAGCUGUACAAUGAACCCACUGAAAGGAGCCAGGGGAUACACUUAUGAGCCAGCACGGCGGUGGACAGCUUUUCCAUGCCAUGUCCUGUGAAGCUUGUUUUUGGGAUACAGAAAGUACAAGCCGCAUGCAAAGGGAAUAUAAAGGUCAGCAGCAUCUUCUCUAUUUUGUCUUCAUUCCUGCUUUUUACCUCUGGAGUAACUUUUUUCUACAAACUGAAGCUCUGAACAAAGGACUGAAUGACCCAUAUGGAUGUGUUCCAGAGGGACUUUCAAGCCAGCAAACUUGCCAAGUGCUAAGAACCUGAUAUAUGGACUUUGAAGUCUUAUGUAUGUAUCUGAGUGCUUUACCAUUUAACAACUCUCUUCUUGUUCUUUCUUUCUUUUAUAA